AUGAAGCUCUUAAACGUUAUAAAUCGGAGGACCCUCGAGUCAGUCUCUGUGGUGGCUCUGGACAAGCAGUUGAGACUGCUCAAAGAGUCGGGCGAUAACGACCAGGCUGUGUUACUUUUCAAGUACCUGGACGAUUUUUUUGAAUUAACAGCCGAUCUGGAGAUGAAGCCCUCCAUCUGGCGUUACGUUAAAACACCCAAGCUAAUGAAGCUAAUGAAGUCCCUAGAUGGCGUUCAAGAAAUAACUUCAGCGUAUGUAGACGAAGCUAUAGAGCGUCUAGAGAAAGAGGCCAAGGAGGGUGUUGUCCGCCCUGAGAGCGAGCAGAGUGUACUGAAAAAGCUGCUCAAGAUCGACAAAAAGGUGGCGACGGUUAUGGCCAUGGACAUGCUAAUGGCCGGAGUGGAUACCACCUCAAGUACCUUUACAGCGGCCUUGCUGUGCCUUGCCAAGAAUCCGGAGAAGCAGGCCGUACUCCGAAAAGAGGUGAUGAAGGUUCUACACGAGAAGGACUCCGAAUUCACUGAGGCAUCGAUGAAGAACGUUCCCUAUCUACGUGCCUGCAUCAAAGAGUCACAACGGAUCUAUCCUUUGGUCAUCGGCAAUGGCCGAUUUCUCAAUCGGGACAGCGUUUUGAGCGGAUACCAAGUGCCAGCUGGUACCUGUGUGUCGAUGGUUCCCCUGAGGUUGCUAUCAAGCGAGGAGCACUUCCCCAAGGCUGCUGAGUUCCUGCCAGAACGUUGGAUUCGUAACGCCACAGACUCCAACGGGUAA